AUGGCUACGUGGGCAUAUCCUCCAUUACCUGCAGACCAGUUGAAGCGGGAAGAGGAGACCGCAUUGUCCAGAGAGCUUGAAUGGCUACUGGCUUCACUUCAAGAGUCUCUAGCCUCGUUACGGGAUGGCUUACAGGAAUGUGCCAGUUUACUGGCGCCAAAAGAACCAGGAUCAACGCUGGUUGUUUCUUCAGUACGGUCAGAGAGUGUUAAGGGAUUUGUGACUAGGAUAGGCACGAGAAUUGUCAAAGGUGACAUUCAAUUGCGAUUAACAUCGCUGCCACCUCCGCGUGGCGCUAGCAGCACUCGACUCAAUGUCUCCAAUGUACCAGGGGCGCCUGAGCUUGUAUUGGAUCAGCUUGCUACAGUCCGGGAUCUGAUAAACCAAGGUCUGGAUGUGAUAGACGUCAGCACGUUUACUGGUGAUCCUCUUAAUGCCAGCUUUAUAUCCGGCCAACUACGCUUGCUAUACGAACAUAUUUCCGAGGCAAAAUCAACUCUCAAAGGAGGUGCAGAGACAUCAAAAUGGUGGGAGCAGAGUGCAGAUACUAGUGUUUUUGACCCCCCUUCACCGCCAUAUCUAUCCUUCCAUCUCACGGUAGUAGAGGCCGCAUUGGUACUACAUCUACGAACACUAGAACCAAACUCUGCGAAUCAAACUUCGACGGCUUUUGGAUCGGAGAUUGGAUUCUCGCUUCGAGACAGACUUUUUGGCCCUCGACUGCCAUCACACGAUGAACAAAACGAUGUGUUUGUUUGGCAAGGCGAGGAGGUCAAGGUCAAGGAAAAGAUUCGAGUGGAAACUCAAGACCCGAGUCUUAUUGCUGUGAUGACUAAGCUGAGUGCGCUGGAGCAUGAGGUCUUGAAAUGCAGAGCGUCGUUGAAGAUUGUCAUGGGGGAUGAUGAAGCAGAUAGUGACUUGGAAUAG